GUCAUUUUAUCGCUGAUUACUUCUCCUAAGCGCCGGAGCUGUGACUGAUGCUUGUGACCCACUGUCCAUGAGGAUUUAACCUCAGAAUCUUGACGAGAAAAUACUUUCAUAGUGUUUUUUUUAAGUGCAAGAAAAUGAUCAAGUCAAUCAUGUGGACAUGCUUCAUUAUUCAUUGAACACAAUCUUUUACAACGCUUCAUUUACGUGCAGGAGUUUCUCCAACGCUUUGCUUUUAACAUUAAGAUUACUUGCUAUGACGUACCGCCAUCGAGUUGUGGGAAGUUCUGGGAUUUGAAUCUUGGCAUGAUCGCUGUCAGAAUUGUUCUAUGAUUGGCUGGCAAGACGCACAAUUCAACCACGGGAAGUGGAACACCCUCUCAACAAUCUUUCAGUGCAAAGCUCAGCUAUUGAACUCACUGGUGUUUUCCAACCAGCCAGACAGUCCUAAAACAAGUAUGCAGUUCAUUUGCUAAGGAAUGGAGGAAGCAAGUUUGUGCCUUGGUGUAUCUUCAGCAGUGCCUGAAGCUGAUGUCCAGCUCAACAAACCAGUACUAAAUGGCCAGUAUCCAAUAACGCAGAAGCUGCAUCAGUUGACAACACAACUGGGACAUGCCUUUCCAGAACUCCAGACCAGACAAACCCCUGAGGAGAAAGCAGCAAUUUCACUGGAGGAAAAGCAUCACAUGCCUGUGGCUAACCAGCCAAUCAACAACCAAAUGACCAUGCUGGCAAAUCAGCUAAAUACAGACAUUGACACUAACUUGAGUCUGAAUGGGAGAGUUGACUUACAGCACUUCUUAAAUGGACAGAACCUUGGCAUAAUUUCACAGAUGAAUGGCACAGAAGAUGAUGCAAAAAAAUCCAGAAAGUACCCGUGUCCCAUUUGUGGUAAGCGCUUUCGGUUUAACAGCAUUUUGUCACUCCAUAUGCGUACUCACACUGGAGAAAAACCAUUCAAAUGUCCUUACUGUGAUCACAGGGCAGCUCAGAAAGGUAACUUGAAGAUCCAUCUCCGCACUCACAAACUUGGCAAUCUUGGGAAAGGUCGUGGAAGGGUCAGAGAAGAAAAUAGGCUUCUACAUGAGCUGGAAGAAAGGGCCAUCUUGAGGGAUAAACAGAUGAAAAGUGGCUUAGGCCAGCCAAGAGCUGAUGGGAAGCAGCAUCAGGCUGUUGUUAGCUCUACGAGCUUGCCUUUACCAGCCAGUCAGAGUAGUUCUGACAUUUCUAAUACAAUCUGUACUCCCAAGCCUACAGGUGCACAGGAAGAACCAACAGCUGCUAUUGUGGGAUUCAGGUGCACCUUUUGCAAGGGGAAGUUUAAGAAACGUGAGGAGCUGGACCGUCAUAUUCGAAUACUGCACAAACCUUACAAGUGCACCCUUUGUGAAUUUGCUGCCUCUCAGGAGGAAGAUUUGAUCAGUCAUGUGGAGAAAGCACAUAUAACUGCUGAAUCAGUGCCAGGUCAAGGGUCGAGUGGAAAUGGAGAGCAACCCAGCAAUGAAUUCCGCUGUGAAGUUUGUGGUCAGAUCUUCAGCCAGGCCUGGUUCCUGAAAGGUCACAUGCGAAAGCACAAGGAUUCUUUUGAACAUAGCUGUCAGAUUUGCGGACGACGAUUCAAGGAGCCCUGGUUUCUCAAAAACCACAUGAAGGUGCAUCUUAACAAAUUAGCUGUAAAGAACACAUCUCAAAGUGACCCAGAGGUGCCUGUGACUUUAAAUAAUAUGGUGCAAGAUUCCCACUCCAAUGUCUAUUCAGCGUAUGUAUCUUGUUUACAGAGUGGUUUUUUAUCGCCUGAUAAAUUGAGCUUAAAUGAACAAAGCCAGCUCCAUUAUAAUAAAGCAGAAAUUGCGCGGAAGGAAAAAGAAAUGCUUGGGAAGCUAUUAGUGCCCGUGAGUAGCACAACCCGUGGUGUAGUGGAAGGAGAGAAACGUUCCUUACUGGGAUGUCUGACCUUGGCACCUCCUUUAAAGGCCAGCUGCAUGGAGCGUUUGCAGGCAGUAGCCCGUGUGGCAGAGUUUGAUCCCGUAAACAGCUACCAGGCCUGGCAGCUGGUGACAAGAGGAAUGGCAAUGGAGCAGGCUGUGCUGCCAAAAAAGCACCUGCACCCUGGUCAGGAAGAAAAUCUGACCAAUGCAGGUGUCAACUUUGACAAGAAGAAAGGAGAAUUUGUUUCUGUGGCUGGAGAUAAAUCAAAGCAGAAACUAGAUGGCACUAAAAGAAGUAACCUGAGUGACGUUUCUGGUAAAGAUGAUUUAAUGGGAAGCAGGGAAUUUAUGGCACAAGGAAUGAAUCAAGGUCUGGAAUAUAAAAUUUCUGGAUUAGGACAGAAUCAUGGAACAAUGAAAGAAAAGCCAACUGAAUGCCCAGACUGUGGCAGAGUAUUUCGAACCUAUCAUCAAGUUGUUGUCCAUUCCAGAGUUCAUAAGAAGGGUAGGAAGCCUGGAGAUGAAGGUGUCCAAGCUGUUUUGGAUGAACGACGUGGAUCUGGAAGUGACCAAGAUUCCCAGUCAGUUAGCAGGUCAACUACACCUGGAUCAUCUAAUAUAACUGAGGAUAACACAACUGCAGGUGGCUUCUCCGUGACAGGAAGUACACAAGAAGAUAGUCCAAACCCAUCUUCUCCUUCAUCUUCAGAUAUAGGAGAGGAAGUGGGGAGGCCUGCAGGAAUACAACAGCCUUCUUUACUGAGAGAUCGAGUCCCCGGAUCAGCCACGAGGGAUUGCCCUUACUGCGGGAAAUCGUUCAGAACAUCCCAUCAUCUGAAAGUUCACCUGCGAAUACAUACAGGGGAAAAGCCGUACAAGUGUCCUCACUGCGACUAUGCCGGAACCCAAUCAGCAUCCCUGAAAUAUCAUUUAGAACGCCACCACCGGGAGCGGCAGAAUGGAACAAGCCCUCUGCCAGGGCAGUCUCACACACACCAAGAGCAUUCUGAAGAGGCAGCAAAUAAAAACCAGGUGUUUAUGAGGCCAGAAGUACUGAGGGGAGUAACAAAAAGCAUGCCAGGAACUGACCUCAGGAGUGGCUUGGUUCCUCAGCAAUGGCCUGUAGGAGUGAUUUCGCCUGCAGAACGCCAUGUACUUGGAGCUGGUGUCACACCGGAGCAUCAAUCUGAAAGUCUGAAAACUACUUCUGAGGUAUGUAGUGAGGAAACCCCAAGUCUUUCUGAUCUGAGCAGAGCUUUCCAGAGCCUGGCUGGAAAUGGAGUCAAUUUUCAAGGAUCUUUGCAAGCCUUUAUUGACACUUUUGGACUGAGAUCUUUGGAGAAAGAAAAAGAAAUGAUGGAAAGAGUCUAUAGUGAAACCACAAGUAUAAAGCAGUCUAACUCAAAAUCAGCACUUGAGAAACACACAAAGAAUGCAGCCUCUGAAGAUUGUGAAGGAAGGGCUGAAGGUCAGCCAUCUGAAGAAAAGGCAAUUGUCAAAUCUAGAUCAACUGCAGAAAAAUCCCAAUAUGAACCACUGGAUUUGUCUGUGAGACCUCUGUCACAUGAUUCUGCCUCAAUCCCUGGUGCAACCAUUACCAUUCAGGAUAACAUUACUUGGCACGGGUGUCUAUUCUGUUCCUUCACAACUUCAUCCAUGGAAUUAAUGGUUCUUCACCUUCAAGCAAAUCACUUGGGAAAAUCAAAACGAAAAGAAAACCUUUUAGGAUUUGCUGGAAAUGGAAAUGAUCUUCAAGGGGAGCCUUCAUCUAUUGCAAAAAAAACCUGUUUGCCGGUGUCUCCUGUUGUUACUAAGAAAGAUAUGAUAGCUGCAAAACCACUUGAUAAGGCUGAUUCCUCCACAGAUAAAAUAUUACAACCAGGCCAGUCUAGUGAUUCUUUGGGAGAUCACAAGAAGCCUUUUGUUAACCCCAUGGACUCUAGCCUGAGCUCUCUAGUGACAGACUUUUACAAACAAUUCAACAAAUAUUCAAAUGUCGGUGGGCCAGGAACACCUAUUUUGAGUACAACUCAUGAAUCUGAAUUGAAAUGUCCACCUGAAAAUACGUUGAACCUUGUUUCAUCAGGAGCUACAAGCAUGAGUCCUUCUGGUGAAGUAGGUCAUCAACCAGGCAGUGAUGAAACAGGGUCUGUAAAUGAUCAAGAUGUAGACGAUCAAGAUGCAUUAGCGGACAUAAACCAACCGUUAACCUCUGAUGAAGAAAGUUCUGAUGAGGAAGAUCCAAUUCAAAGUGCAGCUCUUUCACAAGGAUCAGAGAACCUUCUGAGUUCCAUGGGUAAACCUCAAGGUGGACCUUGGCACAAUUUGAAUCUUCUGCCAACUCACGAUAUUCCAUCAGGACUGGCCAACCAGGAGCAUGUCCAUGACCAUCAGCUUCUGGACCAGCAGAUGAACAUGCUCUCUGUUCUGAGAGCUUACAGCACAGACAACAUGGCAGCUUUCAAUGGUAGUUCAAUCAGCAGCAGCAGCACUAAGAGAUCAGACUUAUCAGGUCACAGGCCUUUCCAGUGCAGAUACUGCCCAUACAGUGCCUCUCAGAAGGGGAACCUGAAGACUCAUGUUAUGUGCGUGCAUCGCAUGCCUUUUGACAACAGCCAGUACCCAGAUCGCAGGUUCAAGCGCUCACGAGUUGAAACGGAAGCUCCUGGGAUUUCAGAGGAAGCAAGUGUUGUGAAACCUGGGAGCUCAUGUGAACUGCCAGUGGAAACCAGUCAGGACCAAGAGUAACGCAGUGGAACAAUAUAAAUACUUGCAAUAUACAUUUUUACAGAGCUUUUUUGAUAUGCAUUCAGAAUGAGCAAAUGUUUAUGGCAUUCCAGGGAAAGAACUUAUGGACUAUAUAAAAAUAACAUCCCAGUAUUGUGAUCAACAGUAUAGAACAUAAAAACAGGAGUUUCCAGUCCUCCCAAAUGGCUGCCAAACUGUUACCUAGCAACAAGUACUUCAAAACAUCACAGGUGGGAGGAUAAAGUGGGUCUAAAAGGUGGGAGGAGGUCAUCAGUUACUUAAAAGCAGGACAUUUAAAAGUUUAAAGUGGUCUUUGUCCAAAAAUAAUGCUCUUAACAGAAAAAUGAUACCAUCUGAAUGAUUUAGCAUUGCCUUGAAGAUCUGGGGCUGUGUUUUCAGUGUUGAAAACACCUUUAUAACAUGACACCAGCUGCUGUCAUUCGCUUAGCAUAGUAAUGAGAUGUGUUGGUAGACUGCCAUGGUGCCAGUCUGACUGGAGCUGUCAUUGCAGAAAAAAUCAAUUCAAGCGGUGUCGCAACUGCACUAUAGAAGAAAUCUUAGACGGCCCACGAACUAGGGUCAGUAGUGACCUACAGUAAAGUGGGUUGUGAUGUAACAUUUUCACAUUUUUUUCAAAUCAUAGCCAAAUGCAUCAAUGGAAGAGAAUGAGACACAAUGCAAAUGUGUUAGCCAUUUACUUUUUUUGUUAUCAGUUUGCAGUGUGGAGGGAAGAAAGCAUUUUUUUCUUUACUUAAAGGAGUUUUCUUCUGUGGAGAAGUAGGUUAUCAAUAAUCAAAUUAUAGACAAGUGGGGGGUUUCGAGGGGUGGGGGUGAGUGUUACUGAGCACUGAAAGCUGUUAAGCCUGACAGUAGAGGGCACUAGUGGGAAGUGGGAUGUUUGUAGCAAAGGAUCAUCAUGAUUUUUACUUGAACAGAAUCCCCAGGAGCAACAAUUUGCUAAUUUUUGUAAAUGUGAAGGACAGAAAACAUGAGUUUCUCCUGAAACGUUAUUAAAUAGUAGAGAUGAUGAAGAAGCCCAAUGAUCCAUAAUUUCCUGCAUAUGUAUUAAAAAAAAUACUGUUAAAAUGUUCAGUCUUUUUCCUUUGUUUUUUUUUGUAAAACAGAAACAAUGGAACUUGUGGUGUAUUUUUAUGAAUUUUAGCUUUUGUACAAUUCGGAAUCUCCAGAGUUUAAUUUCAUCAUUAUAUAGGAAGCGUUGAGGAAGUAGAAGCUUGUGAUGAAUGACGUGAUUAUAACAUUCUAGAAAGAUGAUAUAUGAAGGUUUUUAGCAACACAAAAUCAGCCCGAAAUUAAAAUCAAGUAAGCUUAUAGCCUUUGGAAUCUUACUUCCUUCAUCAAAAGCAAAACUGGUGCUUCUUCUUCCAAUGGUAGAUGAGUAUUAGUGUCUUCUGAAACAAAAGUCAGACUUAAAAAGUCACUAUCUUUCCAUGUAGGCUGGGAGCAGAAAGUAAAUCCUAGGGCCUUAAAGCUUCUGUUCUGCCUAAAGCAGUUUACAGUAAUCAGAAACUGCAAUCUAUGAUUUGUGUAAAUAAGAAAAAAAGCUUAGUACUAACCUGAGAUAAGGAUAAAAUCUCAGGCUAAGAGAGAAGUAAGGUUUGCAUAUGCUGGCUACUAGGAAGUCAACCAACUGAAGCCACAGUUUAAUUGAGGUCGCUAACUUGGACCUAUCUGGCGUAUAGCAAGCUGGUUUUAUUGUUUUCUAGUAUAGUUCUCACUGCCUUACUUAAACCCAGAUGAUAAACUUAAUGCAACUGUUUCUAAAGAUCCCAGUAAGGGAUCGAGAUGUUAUUAAACAUUUCUGAACGACUGUAGUAAGCUUUAGGAUAUUAACUGCACUACUGUGUUUGGUGACUGUGUCAGUCGCUUGCUUUCGUGUGUGUGCGUGUGCGUGUGUAUGUGUGAGUGUGUGCCGCCUACAGUAUCUUAGCAAACACAUUCCAUUCUUGCACUUUUGAAAUCUUUCAGUAUUCUUCUGUGUCUUUCAGCAUUUCAGAUGACAGGCAAUAAUUCUGUUUGUGACACUGGAAACAUUUCCCUUUCUGUGACGUGUGCGUUGAUUCCAUUUAGUCAGGUGCUACUGUCCCUCUUUUUUUUUCCCUCUGACGUAGACCUUUCCAGAACAUUUGUAACUUCUAAUACAAAUAAGUGACAGCAGCAGUGAUACAUUGUCAGAUUCUGAAUAACAUCAUGCUUCACAAAUCUAAACAUGUCAACAUUUCUCUGUACUUCUGUAGUGUGUGAAACUGGUCAUGAUAUUGUCUACAUUCCUAAAUGAAGGAGUUCCUAUCUUGGAGGAGAUCUGAGAUCAAUAGAGUAGAGGAUUUUGUUGCCUUGCUUGUAACAAGUAGAUGACUUUGUAUUUAAAGUUUAUUCUUGGUCAUUAUUUAUUAUACAUCAGUUGACAGAACUUUAUUCUGGUAUAGAAGUAUAAAAGUUGUUUUUCAGCGAUGACUGUUUUCUUUCCGCUGUUAGAAGCAAGAUGUCUUUGAAGCAGUACAGUUUUAUCCAGUGUUUUACGCAAUAAAACCUCUACCUCUGAAA